AUGUCACCAACUCCUAUUUCUCAAGUCAGUUCUGACUCAUCCAUUUCUGCUACUCCUCUUUCUUCUACUCGCAUUCAUUGUACCUCCAAUAGCUUACAUAACAAUGUCCCUGAAUCACCCAACUCAGCUGAGCAGUCCCCUGUUCUGUCUAGUUCUCCCAACACCUCUACAUCCACACCUGCUCUUAUCACUUCUGAUUUAGCAGAAGCAAGUACCAUAUCCCCAUCUUCUUCCCCUGCUAUAUCUCAAUCUUGCAAAGGGAAGAAAUCUCAGGAUCCUCUCAAUAUGGCACUUCUGUCUGUUGGUGGAGAGUGGAAUUAUUUGAGUAGAAAUCACGGUGCAGUGUGGGACACAAGUAGGAUUCCACAAGUGGCAUUACAAUCAAGGUUUUUGGUUACAUCAGGGUAUGAUGCAGAAAUGGAUUUGGGCAGAGAAGAAUUCUUGCUGGAUGACUUACAUGUUGCCGAAGAUCUUGAUGUUUAA